UGGCAAAAUGUUCACGUGUUGCCUGCCAAGGUCCCGAGGCUGCAGGUGGAAGAAGGCGCGCCUUGAGGACGCUGUCCCCCGCUGGGGAUUUCAUGUCAGGACUCCCCACCGCCUCUGGCCAUUUGGUCGGAAGGACAGAAAGAAGGCCACGGAGGACACGGAGAGGCAGCUGGCGGACGUGCCCUCCUCCCUGACAGAGGGGGUGACCCCAAAGGCAUCCCAAGAAACAGGUGCCCUGGAUUGGCAGGCAAGACCUCCGACACCACGCGGACCACCGUCCCAGGUGGUCGUCCACUGGACAAUGGUCCAGGAGCUGGAGCCCAUGGAGGCCGAGGCUGAGGCUGCUCCACCACCUGAGGAGCUAGAGCCCGAUCUGGAGGGAGGGCUGGUGCCUGCAGUGACUUCAGGAGGAGACCAGGAGCCGGCAGUGGCCUGCAUCUUCCUGUGCUGGGUCUCCUCUGAGCAGUCUGUGAGGCCGGACUGUACCCAUGUCACGGGCAUGGAAGUGAGAGUCCAGAAGGUCCAGAUGACCUGCUCCCAGUCCCAGUGUGUGGAGCCUGGGUCAAGGAUGGUCCGCGAGCAGAGGAAGACUUGGGCCCAGGGAGACUGA